AUUAUUUUUAAUAUUAUUAUUUUGAUCCAAACAUCACCCCCAAGUCAUACUAUAUAAAUCCCUCUUGCCACCCUGAAUAUCAUCGUACACUUCAAUUCUUACAUACAUUAUACAUCCUUAGCUUUUCCAAAAUAAUUUUUUUAAUUAGUCAAUAUUAGUUCCAACAUUUUUAUCAAGAAAAGAAAAUGAAGGGUCUUGAAAUCGGUGGUCAUUCCGGCAAGGGUCCGGCGAACAGAGGAGCCGCGGUGGUGGAUUUCUUCCUUAGGGUUAUCGGGAUUAUCGCAACCUUAGGAAGUGCCAUUGCUAUGGGAACCACCAAUGAGACGCUUCCCUUUUUCACUCAAUUCAUUCGGUUCAGAGCCAAAUACAACGAUCUCCCAACUUUUACGUUUUUCGUGGUAGCAAACUCGGUAGUGGCCGCAUAUUUGGUUCUUUCUCUGGGAUUAUCCAUCUUCCACAUCAUGAAGAGCCGGGCUCAAGGCAGUAGGAUCGCCUUGAUCUUUUUUGACGCGGGAAUGCUGGCACUUCUGACGGCCGGAGCAUCAGCGGCGGCGGCUAUUGUGUAUCUCGCACACAAGGGCAACACUAGGGCUAACUGGUUUGCAAUUUGCCAGCAGUUCAACUCAUUUUGCGAACGGAUUUCGGGAUCUUUGAUCGGUUCUUUUGGUGGAAUACUCAUCUUUGUUCUCUUGAUCUUGCUCUCAGCUGUCACCCUCGCCCGUCGUUGAUAUAUAAAUGAUCCACACCAUGCACAAGGAGGAAGAAAAAAAAGGACCAAAUUAUUAAUUUGUUUAUUUCAUUGAUUUCCCAACUGUCACUACCAAAGUCGUUUCGUUUGUAUUCUUUUUUCUUUAAUUGUUGUCGAAUUGUGUUCGCGUUUCUUAAGCAUGUAAUUCCCUUAUUAGGGGAAUUUGGGGUAGAUUUCUGGUACGUACUUUGGUUGGUUCUCAUGGCCAACUGGCCCCUGAAAUACGUGUGCAAAAUGUAUUAAUUCAUUUUUAUAUGAUUCCAAUUUCAAAGUGAUUGAUUCUAUAUAUUAUCAAGAUACUAUAAAUCACAGAUAUUCC